AUGUAUGAUUUUCGACUACAGUACAAAGUCCACUUUGAUAUUACGGCAGAGAACGAAGAGUCCAACAGCAAUAAUAAUUUUUCCAUUUUAUCCUGUUCCACCAAAGGUCAGCGCCAACAGCCCUUUCUUACCUUUGGGUCUCUUCACAGGGCGCUGGUGUACGUCCUUGGACUGGCGGUAGGCUUAUUCAGUCUGGGUGCUUUAAAAAUCUUUGAACUGCUCUUUGGACCACCGGACGAAUGUGCGCCUGACAACACUUCUCCCCGUCUUUCUGGAACAUCUGAUUUCUCCACUCUCUCAAGCGGCGAUCACUGGAUGCCACCUCUUCAUAAGGACUAUCUUCCAAUGCACACUUGUCCUUCGACCCAGUCUGCGCCACCCAACAUGUAUCUAAAUGUGCCAACGGACUUCCUCUACCCAGUUUACUCUCCUGAACAUAUUCCGUAUGGGGUUAUCGAUCCUGUCUCACCUACUACUGAUGAAGGGCCUUCGAAAUCCAAGGUCACAUGGCAACGGUACCCGGGUGAUACCGCAGCGGGUUCCAUUCACACACCACCAUCGACAUUCGCAUGGACCGAUGCAGCUCUCAAUUGCUUUCACUUUAUGCAUGGUGUGGCACAAAUCUGUGUUCUGUGUUGGUUCAACUCUCCCGAAGGAUGGGUGUUCGGUCCAACCUUGAGUUCCCACGAUUGGACAUCCCACAUGCGUUGGGAUAGGCUUGUUUUGGUCGAAUUUCCAUGUGUACCUCCUAAAGGCCUACGAUCUGCGAAAGCCCCUGUCCCGACUGGGAUCGGUCUGCUCGCACUGUUUCUAUCUCCAUGCGGGGACGCUGUGCCUUACGUCGCUCAUCGCGUCUUCACUCGAUUGUCGCCUUCACCGCCCAACGUGACGCAUGAAGUCCGCUGUCCGUCGAAGAGAGAUUUGUCCAAAGAGCGGCUCAUCUCAUUCGAUGGUAACGGCUUGCCAGUUUUCCCGAUCUCUCCAGACCACAAGCUUCUUCCCAGCGAGAAAUCGCCACCUGAAUAUCCCUCUACUUCCAUCCAUUCUCUCUGCAAUCAGGAUUCGCUUCGACUGACCAGUGCUUCGCCUAUUCCAUCCCGUUCGCGACCCUCCCACAAAAGUCCUCCCCUCAAUUCAUCACACCAUCCAACGUUCCACACUUCAGAUUGGCGUGCCGCUCCUGAAGCGAUUCAUCCCACGUGGUCUCUUGCCUAUUGCUCUCCCAGACAACGGCAGAUCUCCUCCAGCUGUUUGCCUGUUGGUGAAACGAACUUACUUCGCCAAAGCCCAUCGGAUUCCGCUGAAUGCAUAGAUGUACAGUCCCAUCCAAACUUUCCCAGAGCUACUUCAAAUACAUAUACCACUCUACCCGAAGACACUGACAGAUUGGUACACACUUCUGCGCUUCCGUCUACUCCACAAUUUCCAAGCUCCCUGGAGCAGGAUGAUUUGGAGUAUGACGAGAUAUACUCAGAAGGUCACAUGAACACUCCCCAAAACAACAGCUCAUCUUCGUCCGUUUCGUGCAGCAAUUCUUUUCGUCAAGAAGAUGAGGCUCAAUCACUUCGUUUGUUCGAAACUUUGCUCUCGUUGCUUGACUCUCGGGGAGUCCCCACUUAUUCUGAUGGGUCACCCACUCGCCCGUCCCCGCAUGGUUCCAAUUCGUCCACGCGAUGCCCCAAUGCUGGUCUUCCUUUCACCGACUUGGUCAAGAGAGCAGUCGACCUUUCUGAAGAUUUGAAUGAUCUCGAACAAGUCUUGAGUCGACUGCAAUACAAAUUGGCGGCCACAAAAAUUGGACUGGAUCAGGCGGAGGACAACCUUGGCUAUGUGUGGCAUCUGAGGGAUAAUCUGGAGAUCACUGACACCGAGUCUAUCACGGAAAGUUAUUACGGUUCGCAGAGCAGUGAUUCAAAUGCCGAAGCCAUCUCCGAGCGAUUACCUCUAACACAUUAUCUACCUCCGACUGAUGAAUUCACUGUUCCCAGCUCUAUUGGUGUGUCGCCCUCGUAUGACACCGGUCGCGUCAUAACAUGCACCACUUCUUUCCAUUUGAAUCCGCCUCCUGGGACGUCGGUGAUCCCAGCCCACAUGUUCCAUUCCACCGUUACUUCCGAAGCAGAUUCCGGUUUAGAUCCCUUCCCCUCCAUCUCCUCUUCUAUGAUCACUUCCAUACCAGAGGAGGGGAGCAUCAUGAAUCGUCUGGAGAGCAGUAACCAGUCUCAAGCAGAGCCACCCUUCAGUUCGCUCAGGCGGCUGCGAAAACGCCGCAGACGUCAUACGCUACAUAGUUGCUCAACGGAUGCGGUUGACCGAAUCCAGUCGGUGACGGACGAAGUGACUGCAGACUCAGAUGGUUUUGUUCACUCGGGUAAGUCUCUUCAUGUUGCGGCUGUAAAUACCGGCUUUCGGACUCGCGUUUGUUUGCACUAUCCUUCGCCCAUUGUGUCUUCUACUGUGGACAUGAAUGAUAUUUGA